AUGGAACAACAUUCGUCUACAACUACGAUUAUCACGACUUCGGAACCAUUUGUUACUAAUCGAACUUGUUUUUCACCCGCUAUUACACUUAUUCCUGGGCAGUCAUCUUUAGCAUCUCCAUUACAAUAUCGACGAAGUCAAGAUUUUUCCAUUAUUUCGAUUCUUCAAUUCAAUUGUAAUGGUUUACUAUUGACAAAUAUGCAAUGGACAAUUAAGAAUUGCACGUCUUCUUGUUUAUUUCAAAUUCAAUUAAAUGAAAAAGUGAUUACAACACUUAGUGAACUUUAUAUUCCAUCAAGAAUUUUGGCUUAUGGUACCUAUGAAUUAACAUUAACUGUGACAAUGGUUAAUUUACCCAUUCUAAAAUCUUCAUCAUCUGUUUAUGUUAGAAUAACUGCAUCAGGUAUAACAGCAAAUCUUGUUCAAUUAGGAACAUCAAUGAUUACACGUGGAAAUCAACAAGAUCUUUUACUUGAUCCAGGAACAUUUUCUGUUGAUCCUGAUGAAAAUUCAUUUGAUGCUAGUAAAUGGAAAUAUGAAUAUUAUUGUCGAAUUUAUGGUUUAUAUAAUUUUCCAAAUUUACAAGGUAUAUUAUUAUCAAUCGAUGAUUCCAGAAUUGAUCCGUUGAAUCCAUCAUGUUUAUCAAAUCGAUCAGGUAAUGGAACAAUAUUGAUAUAUGGAAAUUCAACAUUAUCACCCAAAUCAUCUUUGACAAUUAUUUCUGGUUCACUCCAAUCAAAUCGAACAUAUCAAUUUAUGGUUUAUAUGGAAAAUCGUAAAAAUUCUUCUAUUCAAGCAACUGGUUAUGUACUUGUACAAAUUGAAGAUACUCGUCCACAAUUAAUUGCUAUUGGUUGCGUUAUAUCGACAAUGUGUGUUCCAAAUCUUGAAUUUCAACUUGUUAAUCCAACAACACAGGUUGCAUUAUUUGCUGUUUGUGUUGGAAUUUGUACAAAUAUUCAAAAUAUAUCAUGGAAUAUUUAUCAAAGUUCAGAUAACUCAUCUUCAAAUAGUACUCAAUGGAUUUUGUUUAAUCAAAUGAUUACAUAUGAAAAUAUUUGGUUUUUUGGUAAAGAAUUUUGCAUUAACUCUGAUUGA